CGUCGGUGCAAGGAGGAAGAGAUCUUGGCCCACGUUCACGGCGACGGCGACGUGCUGGGAGUCGUGCGUCUGAAGGGUGCGGAACACGUCACGACCAACAACGAGACGAUCAAGUGCGCUGCGCGAGGUGAAGAGACGGUGCGAACGAAAGAGCGGUUCGCAUUGUUCGAUUCCGGCUCUUGUCUUCUGGAUGCGAAGACAGUGAAUGAUCUAUUGGAGGCGGUAUACGAUGCGUUAGAAGUUCACCGCACGGUGCUGCUGGAGCGCAAAGUACUGCACCGGGACAUGAGCCUAUAUAAUUUCCUGAUGUACCCAAAGUGGGGCGGAGUGAGUGGGAGACCUGUCUCUGAGAAGACGCCUGUGUCGAUCCGGGAUGUGCUCCGUGGAAGCAAGAGGCCGGCCGAAGAACGGUUUCCUGCUUGCCUAUUAAUCGACUUCGACAAUGCUGCACGAGUGCAGGUCACGGGUGGCGAACUGAAGGAACGCACGGGGACACCUAUAUUCAUUGCACGAAGCGUCAGUCUUGGAAGGGUAAUCACCGCCACAGAUUCGUUGCGAGGCACGCCCAUGCCAAGGCUCACUGACGACGCUCUGAACUUGUACAUCGCUGUACAUGGACAGGAGCGGUAUGAUCGGUACAACGACCAGCCUGGAGCCCCCGAAUGCCACGGUGGCCGCCCUCCCACCGAGAAUCCUGACGACAUCGACGACGCAAAAUUACCGGCGUUUGUUCAUCGACCGGAACAUGACGUAGAGUCCGUAUACUGGACUAUGGUGUACGCUCUCCUCGGCGUGCAGCCAGUCGCAUCUCCAAGAGAACACUAUGCAUCCCAUGCUUGCGCCGACGUAUGGAAAAUUCUACUCUCGCAUGACAUCCCAGAUGACGAGCCUGACGAUGCGGAAGAAACCCGUGGUGUCAUUAUAAACGCCCGAAAGUCGAAGUGGCUUCGUCUCUUUUGCCGAGACAUGCAGGAUGUCGCCGUGCUCAUGUGGCGAAUCUCGCAGCAUGUUCGUUCGGAAUACGCCCUGUGGGAGGGCAGACUCAAGCGUGAUCACCUCCAUGAAGCUGUACAGCGCCUCAUCCUGCAAUAUCUGGUCGACCAUCGCGACAAUCCCAUCGAAUUAGAUCCGGAACAUCUGCGCCCUACUGACCCUCGUUCCACCAACCGGGGGGACAUUCCGACCCCAUCCCAGCUUUCGCGGACGCAAGCUAACAGUGUGUCAGGACAUACUGCAGGUCCGGGAGGAUCAGGACGGGGUUCAACCGCUACCCGCAAGCGGGGGCGUGAUAAGGAUUCAAGGCAUACCGCCAAUCGCAAGGUUAGUGCGAUGAAUACUACUGCUCUUGGCGGUCCGUCGCAACAGUCCGUACAAUCUCGUGAGCAAGCGACGGCGAAUCAGCCGGUGCCUAUGGCUGCGAACUUGAAGCGCAAGCUGAGCGACACCAAGCCAUCUCGCAGCAGCAAGCGUCUGAAGACACUGUCUGGUGCUCCGGUACCACCUGCGGGGCAAGGCAGCGACCACGACUAUUUGUGA